GCGGAGCUACACGGGACCCAGGCUGCCUGCUGCUAACAUGGCUGCCGCUGUUGCUGCUGCUGUUGAGAGGGAGAGAAGCUGCUGCACAUCCAUGUCCGGCCCAGCCAGUGAGACAGUGACUGCACCGAAGACCGACGUUCUUGGACAUGGAGUCGCCUGUGGUCAACACAACCCUAAACCUGGUGUCAAAUGAAACACAACCUUCCUAUGCUAAGUUCUCAGAAUGGAAGUUUAAGCUGUUCCGAGUGAAAUCGUUGGAGAGGACACCAUCCCAAGAGCAGUCUGAUGACAGCGGGGUGUCAUGCACCAGUUUGCAGGAGAAAUCGCCAUACUUUGAUGUUAAUCCACAAGGCAGCAGCCCGGAGUCUUCAUCAUCUUCACAUGCAGAGGACCAGGGUCAGGAGGCAAGCCUCAUUGACAACAAUGAGGCAGAACUGAAAAGAAUGGGAGAAGAUGCCCACACAGCCAUCUUGCAACACCUAUGCCGUAUUUGUGGGGUCUCCUUCAAAAUGGGCCAACAGGGCAGAAGCUAUCCCGUCCAUGGACCUGUGGACAAUGACACUCAAGAAGUCUUGAGGCGAAAGGAGAAGAAAGCCACCUCCUGGCCCGACCUCAUCUCAAAGGUUUUUAAGAUUGAUGUGAGGGGCGACUUGGACACAACUCACCCAACUCGCUUUUGCCACAACUGCUGGAGCAUCAUGCAUCGGAAAUUUAGCAACAACUCCAGUGAGGUUUACUUCCCCCGCAACAAAGCGGUGGAGUGGAUGCCUCAUUCCGCUACGUGUGAUAUUUGUAAUACCUCCAAGAACUGGGGUAAGCGGAAGGGAGCGUUCCAACAAAACUCUCACCAAGCCAAAAAACGAAAACUGAAUGUUGAGCAUGGAAAAAAGAACAAAAGUGGAAACAACUCCUCUCUCUGGAAGAGGAACAACACCAUAAACCAGAUAAAGGUUAGCUGCAAGAAAAUCCACCUAGAUACCAGUCUACUUAUUGUUGACUAUCCCUCUGACUUUAUCAAGUCAGUCACUUGCCGGGUGUGCGAACACAUACUAUCUGAUCCGGUGCAAACAGUUUGCAAACACCUAUUCUGCAGGAUUUGCAUUCUUAAAUAUAUAAAGGUCAUGGGCUGCUACUGUCCGGCCUGUAGGUACACCUGCUUUCCCACUGAUCUGACAACUCCUGUGAAGUCCUUUCUCAAUAUUCUUAAUUCUUUAAUGUUAAAAUGCAGUGUCACUGGAUGUGAUGAGGAAAUCUCCCUAGGAAAAUACUCUCAGCAUAUCUCCAAACACAAAGAGAUCAAGGGCAAAGAGGCCUAUGCACAUAUCAACAAAGGUGGACGACCCAGACAGCAUCUGCUCUCUCUGACAAGGAGAGCCCAAAAGCACCGGCUCAGAGAUCUAAAGAUGCAAGUGAAAGCUUUUUGUGACAAAGAAGAAGGCGGCGAUGUUAAAUCAGUAUGCUUGACCCUCUUUCUGCUGGCUCUAAGAGCAGGAAAUGAGCACCGUCAGGCAGAUGAGUUAGAGGCCAUCAUGGAAGGAAGAGGAGCAGGUCUCCCAUCUGCCGUUUGCCUUGCGAUACGAGUAAACACCUUUCUGAGCUGCAGCCAGUACCACAAAAUGUACAGGACAGUCAAAGCCACAACUAGGCGCCAGAUCUUUCAGCCGCUCCAUGCCCUGAGAAAUGCUGAGAAAGCCCUGCUGCCAGGGUAUCAUCCUUUUGAAUGGAAACCACCUUUGAAGAACGUUUCUUCCAACACAGAUGUUGGGAUAAUUGAUGGCCUUUCAGGACUGAAUCGCUCUGUGGAUGAAUAUCCUGUGGAUACUAUCUCCAAAAGGUUUAGAUAUGAUGCAGCUUUGGUUUCAGCUUUGAAAGAUAUGGAAGAGAACAUCCUUGAAGGCUUGAAAUCUCUAGACUUAGAAGAAUACUUGACUGGUCCUUUUACUGUGGUGGUUAAAGAAUCUUGUGAUGGAAUGGGAGAUGUUAGUGAGAAACAUGGUUGUGGUCCAGCAGUGCCUGAGAAGGCAGUCCGCUUCUCAUUUACCAUCAUGACUAUUGGCGUCCCCAACAACAAUGGAACUGUUCGGAUUUUUGAAGAGACCAAACCAAACUCUGAACUUUGUUGUAAACCUCUGUGCCUAAUGCUCGCUGAUGAAUCAGACCAUGAAACACUGACGGCCAUCCUUAGCCCCCUGAUCGCAGAAAGAGAGGCCAUGAAGUCCAGUGACCUCAUGCUGGAGAUUGGAGGAAUACUCAGAAAUUUCAAAUUUAUAUUCCGUGGUACAGGGUACGAUGAAAAGCUGGUGCGGGAAGUAGAAGGUCUUGAGGCCUCAGGCUCUGUCUAUAUCUGCACUCUCUGUGACGCCACCCGCCUUGAAGCUUCUCAGAACCUGGUGUUCCAUUCCAUCACUAGAAGCCACAGCGAGAAUUUACAGCGCUACGAGACUUGGAGAGCUAAUCCCUACCAUGAGUCUGCUGAUGAGCUUCGUGACAGAGUGAAAGGAGUUUCUGCAAAGGCAUUCAUUGAAACUGUCCCGUCCAUUGAUGCUUUGCACUGUGACAUUGGAAAUGCCGCAGAGUUCUUCAGGAUAUUCCAGCUAGAAAUUGGUGAGGUCUACAAAAAUCCAGAUGCCACCAAAGAAGAGAGAAAGAAAUGGCAAGUGACACUAGAUAAGCACCUACGUAAAAAAAUGAACCUUAAGCCCAUUAUGAGAAUGAAUGGAAACUUUGCUCGGAAACUCAUGACCAAGGAAACAGCGGAGGCGGUCUGUGAACUGAUACAUUGCGAAGAAAGGAAAGUGGCUCUCAAAGAGCUUAUGGACUUGUAUCUCAAAAUGAAACCGGUGUGGCGCUCUUCUUGCCCAGCCAAAGAAUGCCCAGAGCUGCUGUGCCAAUACAGUUACCACUCUCAGCGCUUUGCAGAGCUGCUCUCCACCAAGUUUAAGUAUAAGUAUGAGGGCAAAAUAACCAAUUACUUCCACAAGACUCUAGCCCAUGUACCAGAGAUCAUUGAACGUGAUGGUUCUAUUGGGGCUUGGGCUAGUGAGGGCAAUGAAUCUGGCAACAAGUUAUUCAGGCGUUUCCGUAAGAUGAAUGCCAGGCAGUCCAAGUUCUAUGAGAUGGAAGACGUAUUGAAACAUCACUGGCUUUACACAUCUAAAUACCUCCAAAAGUUUAUGAAUGCCCAUAUGAUCUUGAAGAACCAAGGAAUUCCUCUAGACCUAGAACCAUAUCCAGAGCAAGAAGAAGGGCUAUCAUGUCCUAUAGACUCUUUAGAGUCAAUGGAAUUCUGAGUUCACAGUUUGGAAUUCUACGCAUUCAUUUUAUGUUCCAGUUGGAGUUUCCUAGGGAUUCCUCAGCACAAGUCUAACGUCUAGCACGCAACUAAUGUGGAUGAGAAUCAAACUCCCAGUUGUACAAGGAGUAUGAUGAGCGAUACAGUUAUACGGGGGCACAGAGAAGUGUCUAUGAUGCAGGGAUGUAGCGUUGCAGACUGGAGAAUAAAUGAUUACAAUGAGAUCUGUGCUAAUAGACUCUGAAAAGCAAUUUUAUCAAUUUCAUCGAAAAUGCAAAUAAUCAAUAGUUAUGUGAUUAGCAAGUCAAAUAAGUUCUCAUACUGUCUUAUUCUUAUUAAUAUCAUUAAUGAAAGAGAUAGUAACAUCCGUCUGAUGCAAUAUGGAGACAGAAAUAAUCAUUAAUAACAUCAACACACAACAUGUAUUUCAUUUUACUUUGACAUUGAAGUAUUAUUCUUACCUAAUGAUGUCAAGAGUAGUACUGUGUAACAGCGUAGGCCGUAGGGCAAAUGGCAAAUAGUCUAUAGCAAUCAAUCAAUCAAUCAAUCAAUCAAUCAAUCAAUCAGAAUUGAGUAGACAGAAGACUAUUAUACCAAUGUGCUUGAGUGGUUACUAUAGGGUGCAGCAUAUGUAGUAUUUAAACCAAUUAUUCAAUAGCGUCUCCGUCAACAGCUCACAGUGGAAGCAGCCAUUUUAAAGGUGACCCAAUAUUCAUAAGGAUUUCAAAACGUGGCUUGGCCAUGCCCUCUUACCAGUGCCCACCAUUUCUCUUGGUGGCAUUGCAAGUAUGAUGCAAUCUAACACUUCAAUAAGUGCAAGUGGCAUCACUGAGGCAUGAGGCACACUGAUCCUCAUUCCUAAGGGAUGUUACUCAUCAUGAGAAAGUCUAUAGGCAGCACUGUCCUGAUUCAGCCCAGAGCCCGGCUGCCCGCUGUGUACAGGUGACAGGAAUAUUUUUUAUUAUGUUUACAGUAUGCUUUUGUUUGAUACAUUCUAUUGUACAAGUGCACAAUCCCAUUGCAAUUGGAAUUUCUGGGCAUUUGCUAUGUCUGCCACUACUUUGUAAUGUAAUAUAUUUUAUUUUAUUUAAGAUGAUGCUUAAAACUUCCAGGGUUGCAUAUAUAAACAUAACCACUUACAUUUGUCUGUUUCCUGUGAUACCAUGCAUCUAUCCUUCUCCAAAUACCCUGAUCUUACAGGACAAAAUAGCAUUGGGCCUUAUUCAGGUUUGUUAGCAAACCAAAGAAGUUAGCAGUUGGGCAAAACCAUGGCCCUCAUUCCGAGUUGAUCGCUCGCUAGCUGCUUUUAGCAGCAGUGCAAACGCUAAGCCGCCGCCCUCAGGGAGUGUAUCUUAGCUUAGCAGAAGUGCGAACGAAAGGAUAGCAGAACAGUGCUGAUUUUUUUUCAAGCAGUUUCAGAGUGGCUUCAGACCUACUCCUUCCUUGCGAUCACUUCAGUCUGUUUAGUUCCUGCUUUGACGUCACAAACACGCCCUGCGUUCGGUCAGCCACUCCCCCAUUUCCCCAGGCACGCCUGCCUUUUCAGCUGACACACCUGCGUUUUUUAGCACACUCCCGGAAAACGGUCAGUUACCACCCAUAAACACCCACUUCCUGUCAAUCACUCACCGAUCAACAGAGCGACGAAAAAAAGUCGCUAGACCUUGUGUAAAACUGCAUAGUUUUGUGUGAAAGUAUGUCGCGCAUGCGCACUGCGGCCCGUACGCAUGCGCAGUUUUGCCGUUUUUUUACCUGACUGCUGUGCUGCGAAAAUCGGCAGCGAGCGAUCAACUCGGAAUGAGGGCCCAUGUGCACUGCAGGUGGGGCAGAUGUAACAUGUGCAGAGAGAGUUAGAUGUGGGUGGGGUGUGCUCAAACUGAAAUCUAAAUUGCAGUGUAAAAAUAAAGCAGCCAGUAUUUACCCUGCACAGAAACAAUAUAAUCCACCCAAAUCUAACUCUCUCUGCACAUGUUACAUGACCUCUGCAAAAGGACUUGACCUCCCCCCUGACUUGCAGGGUCCUGCUCCUAUGUGCCCAUACCAGGACUGUUGGCGUGCCUGCACAUUGCUUAUGUCUGGUCUCGAGUAUUCAUGUAUAGUAAUAAGAGUAAUGCAUUGCAUUUAGCUUCUGUGUGAUUGAUAGAAUUCUCCUUAUUAACUGCUAAUGUCAUUUUCACAGAGAAUUUAAUUUAGAGCAAUCAGUGGCAGCUCUCAGUAGUAAUGUGUUAGGGUCUCUCACUUCCAGACGGUUCAUCCAAUUACAUAAAUAACAUUUAUGUCUAGCCCGGGGAGAUCCUUGACACCAUCUAUCUGCUUUGCUUUGUGUACUUACAAUUCUUUAUUUGAAAAGGGUUUUUUUUGUUAAAUCGGGAGCGUUGCUACUAUUAGUGAACGCAGCGUGUACCAGCCAGGUUACGUCUUCCUUAUGAUGUCAGAAUGAGUAUACGCGACAUUAUGUACUUUUUGUUGAUCUUUGAGUUUAAUAAGGAAACAUUAUUACAUACUGUGUGUUAGGUUGAUGAAUACGGUGCCUUCUGCUCAGUUCCAGCACACAAGUUUAUUCCAGGCGGCAGUCAGCUGCAGCGCAAGGGAGAUUGCACAAUGAGGAACGAUGGCUAAGGUGUCGGAGACAGAUAACAUCUCCCAGCUAGACAGUCACUUAGGGGCCCAUUUAUCAAUCAAAAUUUGCAGCUAUUUACCCCCAAACACCCAUUUUGGGGGUUACUCGCAAAUAUUAGGUGUCCCCUGAAUGUAUGACAGAGGGAUCGCAGCAGAUAUCUCUAAUACUAAUUUAUACAUUUCUAGAAUGUGGUGCAUUCCCGAAAUUGACACCCCCAGCUACUGACAUCUGAAGACGGUGGUAACCCAUUGCAGCUUAUGGGCUACACAUUGUGGAACCCUCCGCAGAAAAGGGUGCUGUGUAUGUGCGGUCAGCGGGACCGCACAUGCGCAGUGUCCCAGGCACCACACUUGCCACAGCAUAGGCACAGGCUCCUUAUCUUAUUUUGAAAGUUUGAUACAACUCCCCCUGGGAAAUGUAUCAAAACUUGCAGAGAGAUAACAAGGAGAGAAUUAAUGUACCAACCAAUCAGCUCUAACUCUCAUUUUCAUGUUUGAAUAAUUACUUUAUCUUUCUCCAAGGUUUGAUACAUCUCUCCCUCCCUCUCCCCUUCCCCAGUUGUUUUUUUUCUGCUUCUCCUCUGUUCCUGUGUAAAGUAAAUAGUUUUUAUGGCGUAAUGAACUGACUUGGCACAAGGUGGCGUUGGGAUUGGGAAAAAAAAGAACCUACCUACUGCUUAGUGCAAGUCACUGGGGGUCAGUGAUUCAGUCAUUCUGCGCCUGAUUGUAGCGUUAGUGACAGAGACCUAAUGGAUGAGUUUGAGGCAUCCUGCCUGUCCCUACUGGUGGGCGGGAUGUACUAAGAGAAAAAUGCGGUAAAACCCCUGUUUUCGUGGGUUUUACCGCAUUUUAAAAUGUACUAAGACCCGGCCGCCGUGUUUUUGCCGUCCUGGGUAUCGCCAUCUAUGGAUGACAAUACCCCAUAGAAGCCUAUGGGCUUCUUAUCGCUGGCCGCAGCAACCCGCCCCCCCUUUCCCCCGCCGCAGAUGCCGAACCCCCUCCCCCCAGCAUACCUUCCUCCAGGCAGCCUGGACCCGGAAGGCAAUCUCCUCCUCCCACCAGCAACGCAGCCAGAGGUUCUUCCGGCUGCAGGGGGAAGGAGGAGACGCCGGGGUCAGCCUGCUGCUGCUUCCCGGCGUGCGGGCAGUGUGGAGACACCUAGGAGGUGACGGAGACCCCCCGCUCACCACCUCACAGAUAUCGCGGGGGGCCUCCGUCACCGCAUUGCGAUUGUAAUCGCAUAUGUUAGUACAUAUGCGAUCAAAAUCGAUGCGAUGCGUGGUGAGUGGCGGCGAUGUAUGUUAAUACAUCCUGGCCAAACUGCGGUAUAACGCCACUUAAGCAGUAGGCAGCAUAGUUUGCACAGACCUUUGAACUUCCCCCUGUGCCAAUAACAGACACAUGUUCCAUGCAAUCUGCACACAGUUACUUACUAUAUGAAUUGCCCCAUGGUGCGGCCAUUUUGUUUUGUACAGUACAUUCUGUUAUACAGCUGUAUUCGUGGUGGCUGCAUUAUUUUUGUACACGCCCACAUUGAUUUUAAAUAGGUUUCUCAGGCCAAUGGUUUCCAGUUUCUUAUAUUAGAAAGUAAAUAUACUUAUUAGAUUUUUUUUUUCUACCUCAUGUCCCCCCGCACUGGGCAGUGAAUUGUUUGUGGUGGCUCCAGAACUUGUCAUCUGUUAGGAUUUGCCUCCCUUUAUUUGGUCAGAGGGGAAGGAAGAGGUCGGGAUUCUGUAUGAGAACUGCUGGUAUAUUAUUCUUGGCAGUUGUAAACUAUAUACUUUGCGGACGUUUUAUAUACUGCAGGCAUUUUACUUCCUUUUUAUAUAAGCAUUUUACCUCAGGUUGUCACUUUAUUACUUGCAGUUGUGCCUCUCUUUUGUGGUAAUAAUUUGUUGUUUUACUUAACUGUGUUCUACUAUUUUAUGUAUUUUGCUCGCUUAGAAAGGUGCAAUAAUGAAAUCUUGAAUCGACUGUGACAAGCUGUAUUUGCAGUAACUUUAAAGUCAUUUUGUAUUAGACAGCUUGAUAUUUUUCUUUUUAUGUAAAAGGGCUAAAAGAAAAUGGCUGCGUCCAUCACUGGGAUUGAACGCACCCUGGUGUUACACUUUGUGUUAGCCAUUGAUUAGCCCUGAACAGGGAAUUAUUUGCAGUUUCGCAGAGUGGGGCCAUUGAUGUCAUUCAAGGCAUAGAAAGAGUUGGGAGCAAAUGACACAUUUGAUUUUUACCUCACGCAAACACAUUGUUACAAUACAACCACAUCUACUUCCUGUGAUGAUCUUUAUGGUAUGCUGUUGUGUCUGUCUUUACAUUAAUUGAUAGGUUAAUUAUCUAACACAAAAUAAGAGACAUAGAAGCCGCAGACGUUUAAUAAAAUGUACAAAAUAAAAGCAAAUCAAAUGUCAGUGAUUUUAUGUUUUGCUAAUAUACAGUACAUGGAUAUGUUAGAACUUUGUGUGACCUUUUUUUUCAU